CUUUCUUUUAAAAAAAAAUUUCCUUCCACAUUUUGGCUUCAUACUCCUCAUUAAUUCCUCCCUCCACUACUGUUCAAAAUUCCAAAAUACACCUAUUCCCCACCACACUUAGCUAACAAAAAUCCCACUACCAUCUAACACUUUUUUUUUGCAUUGCUUUUCCUUUUAUGCAUCAUGAUUUUGAAUAGUUGUUAGGACCUUUAAGAGAGCUAGAUAUAUAUAUACGUCAGCUUUGCUACUUACACCAUGAACAAAGGAGAGAGAAAGGGAGGGGAGGAUUGGGAGAGAUCGUCGAAGGAUGAGCACCGCGCGGUUCAUCAAGUGCGUGACCGUCGGGGACGGGGCCGUCGGGAAGACGUGCAUGCUCAUCUCCUACACCAGCAACACCUUCCCGACGGACUACGUCCCGACGGUGUUCGACAAUUUCAGCGCAAAUGUGGUGGUGGACGGAAGCACGGUGAACCUCGGGCUCUGGGAUACUGCAGGGCAAGAAGAUUACAACAGGUUGAGACCUCUUAGCUACAGAGGAGCUGAUGUGUUUUUGCUUGCCUUUUCCCUCAUAAGUAAAGCUAGCUAUGAGAAUAUCCACAAAAAGUGGAUACCUGAAUUAAGGCAUUAUGCUCCAAAUGUACCAAUUAUCUUAGUGGGGACAAAACUUGAUUUACGCGAGGACAAGGAGUUCUUCAUCGAUCAUCCCAGUAUAACACCGAUUACAACAUUGCAGGGUGAAGAGCUAAAGAGGAUGAUAGGUGCAGCUGCUUACAUUGAAUGCAGCUCCAAGAGUCAACAGAAUGUGAAGGCCGUAUUUGACGCUGCAAUAAAAGUGGUUUUAUGUCCUCCCAAAACAAAGAAGAAGAGUCGAAAACAAAGAGCAUGUUGGAUUCUAUGAGUGCACGCACCCGAAACAACUAAGGACAUGGCAUGAUGAUAAGUUUAAAUGUAUUGUAACAAUGUUUAAUUUUUUGCGAGUUUUUUGAACAUUUCGUUGUUGGAUUAAGUAGAACUGUAGAAGCAUGGGAUUGUCAAAGCUCUUACCAGUUAUGAAAUUUCUAAUACUCUCUUCUCCUA